UUAAACAACAGUAAUAAAUUCCUGUCAGGGAUGUAGAAAACAAAAAACAAAACAAAAAAAAACAGCGGUACAAAAACUCCACGUUUUCUUGUGAUACCGGGAUGUUUGAGCCUGCCGCUUCCGCCAGAGAGAGAGAGAGAGAGAGGGCGAGUGAGUGAGUAAGUGAGAGGAGAGAGAGCCAAGUUACUGCGCCCCUGAGGAGACGUGACAGUGGAGCAACUUGAACCUGGAAAGGCUCUCAGGGGUGAUGAUGAGUCUUCUGCAAGCUCAAACCAGGGCAACAUCCUUGAACUUGUGAAAAUGUUCAGCCAAUACGAUAGUGUUCUCAAGCUACAUUUAGAUAGUGUAAAAGAGAAGAAAGUUGGUAAGAAGAAGAGUUGGGUUUCAUUACUGUCAAACAGAACACAAAAUGAUCUCAUAACAGCCCUGGUCACAUUCACAAGAACAGAGAUAAGAAAAGAAAUGGAGGAAGCAAAAAUCUAUUCCAUACUUGUAGAUGAAACCAAUUAUGUAUCUUACUGUGAGCAGGUCUCCUUUGUUGUACGUUAUGUGUCUGAAAUGGAUGUCAAGGAGCGCUUCCUCUAGGUUUGUAAUGUGUCAACCACCACAGGUGAGGAGAUGGAGAAAACAGUUCUGGACCUGUUACAAAUGAAUGACCUACAGAUUGAAAACAUGCGUGGUCAAGGCUACGAUGGCGCUGCCAAUAUGAGUGGUCAGUACAAAGGACUGCAAACAAGAAUACUGCAACACAAUGCCAAGGCUCUAUAUGUCCAUUGCCACGCCCACUGCCUGAAUCUAGUCUUGGUUGAAAGUGUAAAAUCAAGCCUGCACUUUAUCGCCUUUUUCAACCUUGUAGAGAAGCUCUAUGUGUUCUUCACUGCCUCUUCAAAAAGACACACAGCAUUUGUAAAAUGCCAACAGGACCUGCAACCUGGAGAGCGUGUCAUUCAACUACAGAAGCUCUCUGACACACGCUGGGCAUGUAGGGGGAAAGCCCUGAAGGCCCUCAACAAGGUGAUGGAUGCUGUAGUGAAGACCCUCACUGAUCUAACAGUCCAAGAGCCUCCAGAUACUGCUAUGGUGAUGCAAGAAUGUACCUUAAUGCCAUCGACUUUGAGUUCUUACUGUGCCUUGCAAUAGCCACACCAGUUUUUGAUGUCACUGCACUUGCCUCUGAUGCACUCCAGAACCAGAGUAUUGACCUGUCCACGGCAUAUAGUGUUGUUGGGGGAGUGACGGAUACCUUGUCCAAUCUGAGAACAGAAGAACAGUUUUCCAAACUGUUCAAGAAUGCCACAGAAAAGGCAGAGGCUUCUGAAAUCAGCAUUCCCACAGUCCCCCCGGGACAGAAAAGGCAGAGGAAGGUUCCUGCAAAGUAUAAACACAGUUCUACUGCAGCCACAGAGAGCCACUCCUUCAAAUCAGUGGAAGAGUACUACAGAGUGAAGAUGUACUAUCCAUUCCUUGAUGUUCUUUCUCAGGAACUACAUAGGAGAUUUAAGGGAGAUGGGAAGACACAGUCCUUCAAAGUACUCAGUGCACUCCACAGUUUGACAAAGGCCAGCAACUGGGUAGGUAAACAUGUCAUGGGUCCUGACUCUACUGAAGCUGUUCGCACACUGUGCGAAUUCUAUGGAGGAGAAGAAGAGAAGCUGAAGACAGAGCUCAGAGUUUUCUAUGCAUCAUUCUAUGACACUCUCACACUGAAGGGGAUCUUAAGAACACUAAGAGACAACAGUGGACAUGACAUCUUUCCAGCACUGGAAGAAAUGAUGAAAACAUAUGCCACGAUUCCAGUGUCCACUGCCACAGUAGAGAGGUCUUUUUCUAAACUGAAGCUGGUCAAAAACUCACUCAGAGGCCUAUGCACAGAAGAGAGGCUGUCUGAUCUCCUUCUCCUCUCCACUGAAAAAGACGUAGUCAUAAAUCACAAUGAUGUGAUCAACAUCUACAGGGACAUGUGCCCAGAAGGUUGCUGCUUUAAGGCCCCCAGAAGGUUUGGCUACUGAUUGUGCACUGAUUUCACAGCAUUUCAUGGAAGCCCUGAAUUUACAUUGAGGAGCAUAUUUGGGUAUGGGUGGCCUCCAUCCUACAGCCCUCUACUGGCCCCUGGUCCAUAUUUUUGGCCCUGUAUUGCGUUUCAGUUGUUUAGUCUGAGCAUUAAGUGAGAAAGACCAUAAGUUACAACUUGAUGGUGUUUUCAUCAAGUUAAGGGAAGAAGGACAGAUUUUCACAUUGAAGUUUUUUCCAUUUGGGUAUUUAUUUUUGUAUUUUUUUUUUUUUGAAACUGCACUCGUUUCAUUUACAACUCCUGGAAAUGAAAUCAUUAAUCAUUAAAUCAUUUAAUUGCAUCAUUGUCUCAAAUGUUGCACCAACAGUGCAUUUUUAAGAGCAUUUCCUUGGAGAAGUAGCUGACAAACAAAGCUAUCUGUUGGCAUAAAUUUGAACUACACCAAGACUAAACGCACAGUUCAAUUGUCUUUGCAACAGAGUAUAUUUAUUACCCCAAACCAGGAAUACAAACUCAUACAUUGUUUUACAAAGGGUAACAAACUGUUUAACAAAACAAAUUCAUCUUUCCAAGAGGUGGAUUUAAGUUCCUAUCAUAUUGGACAUUUAUUACCUAAAAAUAUUAAUACAUUUUCAAAUUAUAAAAUUAUAUACAUUUAAUUUAGGAUGAGAGAUAACUUAUUGUGGUUAUUGAACUAUUUGGAGGCCAAAUUAAAAUGUAAAGGUCCCUACUAACCAGCAAAUCACAAGGUUGUGGCAAUAAUAGAAUUAUGCAUGGAAAGGUCUAAGUGUGUGAAAUAAUAUAUGAAAUGUGCUAAAACUUUAAAACGCAAAAAUGGGGCACCCUUGAAAAGAUUAAUAUAUCUGUACCGUAACAAUAAACUGUAGGUAAAAUAUGUUUACAAACACAGAGAAAAAACAUAUUAUUUUUCCAUGCAAACAGCAAAAAGCUCAUCAGACCUUCAGCAGUCAAUAUCAAUGCUGGACAGCAGCUCCUCCAAGGCCUCCAGCUUCUGAUUGGCCUCCUCAAUCUCACUGUACGUCUGCACGUUGCUGGCGAUAUGGUAACGUAUGUCAUCCACCAAAGGGACGGAGUCGGUCUCGUGUCGCUUCUCCAGCAAAGCAGCAUCCUCCUUGACCAUCUCAGCAAACUCCUCCUUCUCCACCAGCUGUGGCAGACAAAGUGUUUGUAAAAACUUUGCAAUGAUAUCUUGACUCAGCAAUUUUGGUAUUAUUCACUUGGACAAAAAUAAAUUAAAAUCCAUGGUUAUUACAUUUUUAGAUUUUUUUAAAAACCCUACAAUAUAUACAAAACAAACUUUUAAAUUUUUCAUAUGAAAAUAUACCUUGAUCCUUGGCUUUUCGUGGGCCUAAACAAGAUUUUGUUUGUAGCCCCAUUUCGGUCUUUAACGUUACAUGUGCAACACGCUAGAGCCUAUAGGGCUGACCGCAGCCUAGUGAGUAUUGUAAUACAGUGAUCUCACGCCACAUCGUUUGCGGCUUGUAAAAGUAACUCUGUGGGUGUUAUUUCAUGUCUAGAGGGCUGUUUUAAUGUAAAAAAAAUAUAUUUACAAAGUCGUAAAUCACUGCACGUAAGCAGCUAAGCCCAUGACCUUCGAUCCCGCAGGCUGUACUGCAUCAACAAGCGACAUCAGUGUGUAAAAGAUAUCACCACAUGGGCUCAGGAACACUUCAGAACCCCACCGUCAGUAUCUACAGUUGGUCGCUACAUCUGUAAGUGCAAGUUAAAACUCUCCUAUGCAAGGCGAAAACCGUUUAUCAACAACACCCAGAAACGCCGUCGGCUUCGCCUGGCCUGAGCUCAUCUAAGUUGGACUGAUACAAAGUGUUCUGUGGUCUGACGAGUCCACAUUUCAAAUUGUUUUUGGAAACUGGACGUUGUGUCCUCCGGACCAAAGAGGAAAAGAACCAUCCGGAUUGUUAUAGGCGCAAAGUUGAAAAGCCAGCAUCUGUGAUGGUAUGGGGGUGUAUUAGUGCCCAAGACAUGGGUAACUUACACAUCUGUUAAGGCACCAUUAAUGCUGAAAGGUACAUACAGGUUUUGGAGCAACAUAUGUUGCCAUCCAUGCAACGUUACCAUGGACGCUCCUGCUUAUUUCAGCAAGACAAUGCCAAGCCACGUGUUACAUCAACGUGGCUUCAUAGUAAAAGAGUGCGAGUACUAGACUGGCCUGCCUGUAGUCCAGACCUGUCUCCCAUUGAAAAUGUGUGGCACAUUAUGAAGCCUAAAAUACCACAACGGAGACCCCCGGACUGUUGAACAACUUGAGCUGUACAUCAAACAAGAAUGGGAAAUAAUUACACCUGAGAAGCUUAAAAAUGUGUCUCCUCAGUUCCCAAAUUUUUACUGAGUGUUGUUAAAAGGAAAGGCCAUGUAACACAGUGGUGAACAUGCCCUUUCCCAACUACUUUGGCACGUGUU